AUGGUGAAACCUAAGGAAAAUUCUGACUGCAACUCCUCUAAACACCCUCCUGAGCCUGAGAAUGAUUCUUCUUCUUCUUCUGACACUGAUCCUGCCAAUAUUCCUUCUGAUAUUCCUGCUGGCUCCAAUAUCCAGACUCUCUUUGUCGUCAUCAAUCCUGAGGUCUACAAAAUGCCUUCUUCCGAUAUAUAUAUUGUUUUUGGUCAAAUCAAAGUAGAGGAUAUUGGUUCCCGGGAUCAGCUUACUGCUGCACAGCAGCUUGCUCAUUCUGCCUCUGUUCCUCCCAAGGCUUCUCUCGAUACACCUAAGGACUCUUUGCCUGAGGACGACGAUGCCGUUGAUCUUGACGACACUGACCUUUCUCCCAAGGAUAUUGAGCUUGUCAUGGACCAGACAAAGGUGUCUCGUGCGAGGGCUGUUAGAGCGCUUCGCGAGAACGACGGCGACAUUGUCAAUGCAAUCAUGUCUAUUGCCAUCUGA